AUGUCGACAGAUAAUACCGCUGCGACUAAGACCAAGGAUGAAAUCGAAACCUCAGAAGCUAAUGAAGAUUCCGGUAUUUACGACAAACCUCUAAUUCAGGAAGGUGCUCGAGUACGCAAAACAACGGAUCGGCUACAUUUAAAAAUUCCUGUUAAAGUCAAAACUAAAAUCGAUUUUUCUACUGGCAAAGGCGAACGUCUCGGAGAUAUUUCACAAAUCGAAACUGCGGUAACAGGUUCUAAGGCAGAUACCUUAAAACCUUUACAUAGACUACUAUUUGGUCGCCCUGGAUCGGCUACUGAAGUGAAAAGAAAUAUUCGAGAUUUCCGAGGAUUCAACUUUGACACUACUAGUGAUGAAUAUCAAACAAAAGAGAAAAUGUUAUCAAAAAUGACAUCUUCCGAUCUACGAAAUUUGUGUGGCAUAAUAUGUGUUCAACGCGGUGCUUCAAAGGUCGAAAUGAUAGAACAUAUAAUGGAAUUUUUGCUUGUACCGUCUAGCUCAGGCGCUCAGGGUUCAACUAGAAGCUCAGGGAAAAAACCGAAACGUCCCAAAACGGCUAAGAAGCCUCCUCGGAAAGAAAAGCAGAUCAAGACGAAAUCCCCAACCAAGAAGAAGAAAAGAAAGGCAAAGACGGUUGUGGAUGACUUUGAUAGUUCGGAUGAAGAGCCGCUAGCAAAGAAGAUGAAAAAAGAUCCGCCGACAGAUAGCGAAAUCGAAGCUGCAAUUACAAAAUUGUUAGAUGGUGCUGACUUACAAAAUGUUACGAUAAAGUCUGUUUGUCGGGAGUUGCUGGAAGAAUUCCCCGAUAUUGAUAUUUCAUCUCAAAAAGACUUUAUUAAAUCUACUAUUUUUUCAAAUAAUUUGGCUACGACUAUACCAAGUGAUUACACUCGUACAAGUCCCAUGUCGGUUAUGUAG